AUGAUCGUUUGCGUUACUUAUGAACCACCUGACUGCCCGGUUACAUGUAUACGGGAUGAACUUAAACCUAAAUUCAUUGAGGCUUUGUUACUAGGAAAAGAGAUCAUUAUUUUGGGCGAGAUGAAUUGCAAUCUCCUUAAACCAUUUUGUUAUGAGUCUAAAAUAUUAUUAGAUACUUGCUACGAACUACACCUGACACAACUUAUUAAAGAUCCAAUGAGAAUUACAUCUCAAACAAGUUCAUUACUUGACGUUAUUAUGAUUUCGUCCUCCUCUAAAGUUAAAAGUAGCGGGGUUGUUGACAUUGGUAUUAGCGACCAUUCUAUGAUAUACUGUACACUUAAACUUAGAGCUGAUAAGCCUCGACUUGAAUACAAGGAUGUGAGGAGUUUUACGAACUACAACUCCGAGAGUUUCAAGGCAGAACUGUCUCAACUUCCGUUUCAUGAAACCUAUCGUAUUAAUGAUGUAAAUGAGAAAAUUGAUCAUUUAAAUCAAUUGUUCAUAAAUACUCUGGACAAACACGCGCCUAUCAAACACACCAGAUUUAAAGGCAGACUUAACCAGUUUAUUAAUAAAGAAUUAAAGUAA